GUGACGAUGUGAGGGCAGCAUGAGAGACGCUUCCAAAGUAUUCGACGAAAUGCCUGUGAAAGAUAUAGUGUCGGCAAGGACGUUAUGCCAGAUAGUGGAGGGUUGAAGAAGCAAAGAGGUUGUUUACAGAGAUGCCCAUGAAGGAUGCGAUACUACUACAUGGAAUUCAUUGUUCUCUGGGUAAAUUAGGUCGGUGAAGUGAUCUGUGCUGAGAGACUCUUUGAACAGAUCCCAGAGAGAGACCAAAGACACAGGUGAAACUUUGCUUUUCUGGGGCGAAUCAGAAAAGAAGUUUAGCGCAGAGGACUUUGAGUAAAUGUAGAAUAGUACAAGGGAGUAUGAGAAUGAGUCCAUUGACUCCAUUGACUCUUUCUAUAGGAAUCUAUAGCGAAUCAGUAUUUCGUCCACAUCUUCCACUUACUUUUUUUUUUGGUCAGAAAUCUUCCACAUCCUCAAGUCAAGAUCAAAGUCAUCCUCACAUUAUUUCCUAACAAUUUGGCUAUCAUCGUCUUCCUACCGGAGAGAAUUCUUGAUAGCUAGGAAGAGCUCUUGAGAGUUUCUUUGCAAAGAAAAGAUGGCCUCUGAAUCACUUCUCGUCUCUGGAUCACAUCAAAUACUAAACAGUUUGAUUCUUAUUGCCACUGAAGAGAUCGGCCUAGCAUGGGGUGUCAAAGGAGAAUUGAAAAAGUUUCAGACCACCUUGAUCACCAUCCAAGGUGUACUGGAGGAUGCUGAGAAUCAGCAAGUGGAGAAUAAGGCAGUGAAAAGCUGGCUGAGGAGGCUCAAAAGUGUUGCUUAUGAUGCAGAUGAUGUGCUGGAUGAGUUCAAAUAUGAAGCUUUAAGACUUAAAAUGGAGAAGGUACGUAAUUUCUUCUCAAGCUCCAACCCAUUUGCUUUCCGUCUUAAAAUGGCCCGUAAGCUUAAGGACAUCAAUGAAGUUCUGGAUGGCAUCAGAAUGGAUGCAAAUGACUUCAACCUUAAAGUGGAGUCUGCUAAUUCCACAGCCAUGAUGAAAAAAAUGAACCGAACGCAGACCUUCUCUUUUAUGGAUGAUUUGGAUGUAGUUGGAAGGGUAGCUGACAAAUCAAAGCUGGAGAAUAUGCUUGUCAAUACUAGCAAUGAUCAAAUAAUUUGUGUCUUCCCCAUUGUAGGAAUGGGGGGAAUUGGGAAGACCACCCUUGCUCAGUUGGUCUUCAAUGAUCCGUUGAUUGUGAAGCAUUUCGACUUAAGAAUGUGGAUAUGUGUGUCUGAACAAUUUGAAGUCGAGAGAAUUUUCAAAGAAAUUGUUGAAUCUGCGGCUGGAGAUAAAGGUGAUGCAUCAAACUUGGAUGGAAUAGCACGUAAACUGCAACAGAAGUUGAUGGGUAAACGGUUUUUGCUUGUACUAGAUGAUGUCUGGAGCGAAGAUUUUAUUAUUGAAAAAUGGGAUAGAUUGAUAGUUUCCUUGAGAUCUGGCAGUGUAGGUAGCAAAGUUAUUGUGACUACACGCAGCAAUGAAGUUGCAAGAAUCGUGGCCUCAAAUGACAUACAUCAUCUAGGAAUAUUAUCACCAAAAGAAUGUUGGUCUUUGUUUAGUCGAAGAGCAUUUAGCAAUGGAGGGCCAUUGGAAACCCGGAACCUAGUGGAAAUCGGAAGGAGAAUUGUAAGUAAGUGUGGAGGAGUGCCUUUAGCAGUGAAGGUCUUAGGAGGUCUAAUGCACUCCAAAAUAGAAGAGCAUGAGUGGUUGUCAAUGGAGGAAGGUGAAAUUAGGAAUUUACUAGAAGAUGGAAGUAGGGGAAUGAUGCCCAUAUUAAAGUUGAGUUAUGAUCAUCUGCCGUCAUAUUUGAAACUUUGUUUUGCAUAUUGUUCAUUAUUCCCCAAGGAUUAUAAAUUUAACAAAAAAACAUUGAUACAAUUAUGGAUGGCAGAGGGAUUCCUUGGAAGCAAACAAAUGGAGGAUCUUGGAGACAAAUAUUUCAAUUGCUUACUGUGGAACUCUUUCUUUCAAGAUGUGAAGGAGGACAAAUAUGGAGAUAUAAAGACGUGCAAGAUGCAUGAUCUCUUCCAUGAUCUUGCACAAUUUGUUGGAAGGCUUGACUAUUCCACUAUGGAGGCCAAUAGUGUGGAAGACAUUUCUGAAGUUCGUGGUUUAUCAAUCGAUUUGUGUAAUGGGGAAACGUAUGAUAAAAGUUUUAGAGCCUUGAAGGAGACAAAAAAAUUGCGGACAAUAAUUAGUUAUUCAUCAAUACGCCGUGACGUGUGUAGAAAGUUGAUCCCAAAUGAUGACAUGUUGAUGAACUUCCAAAGCUUGCGUGUGUUACAAUUAUGUAAUUGUGGUAUUCACAAGUUGCCAUUAUCAAUAAGAAAAUUAAAGCAUUUAAGGUACCUUGACCUCUCAGGUAAUCCAAUUAGAGUGUUGCCCGAGUCUAUCACUAGCCUAUACAAUUUGCAGACAUUAAAACUCAAAAAGUGCUAUAAUCUCCCAGAGCUUCCCAAGGAAAUGAGAAAGAUGGUUAGCCUAAGACAUAUCGAACUUCACUCAUAUAGCUUCGAAAUUCGGAUGCCAGUUGAGAUGGGGAGGUUGACUAAUCUACAGACAUUAACAAAAUUUAUCGUUGGCCAACAUCCAGGACGGAGUAUUAAAGAAUUGAAGGGCUUGAAUCUCAGUGGAAAGCUGACGAUAAGUAAUUUGGAGGAUGUAACAAGCAGAAUAGAAGCCAGGGAGGUAAAUCUGAGAGGGAAGCAAGAUAUUCGUUAUUUACGAUUAAUAUGGAGUGAUACGAAUGAGAAUGAAUGUGAUAGUGGGAAAUUGGAUGAUGUGUUAGAAGCCCUGGAACCUCAUCCAAACUUGAAAAGGUUGUCUAUUGAAUACUACAAUGGCGUAAAUGUUCCUACAUGGAUGUUAAAUAAUAUGUCACUGUACAAAAACUUGAUUAGGCUCGAACUCAAAUGGUUCCGUAGAUGGGAAUAUGUCCCAACACUUGGGGAGCUGCCCCUUCUUAGGGAUCUUGACUUAAUUGGAGUGUCCAAAGUGGAAUGUCUUGGUCAGGAAUUCUAUCAUAGCAGCAACAGUACUGAAGCAACGUCUUCACAGAUGGUAGCAUUUCCAUCUCUUGAGAAAUUAGUGCUAUGUGAUAUGCCUAAUUUGGUUGAAUGGUUGGAAGUGUGGCCUUCCUUUCCAUCUCUUGAUGAGUUAUAUAUCAGUGCAUGCCCUGAGCUAAAAAUCACGCCAAGUCGAUUCCCUUCGCUCAAAAGCUUGAAAUUUAUUGAAACAAAUGAGAUGGCACUGAAGUCAUUAUCAAGCAAACUCAUUUCUCUCAACAAACUUCAUAUUGAGUCUCGAGACCUCAAGUCUCUGCCGGAGAGUUUGCUACAAAACAAUGCAGAUGUUCUUGAGGAACUGCAUUUUACAAGUUGCUACAAGCUUGAAACAAUUUUUCCAAGUGAAGGACAAGAGGGAUCUCCCCUUCCCCUAGUCUUUCCGUCUCUUCAAUCCUUGCAAAUAAACAAUUGUACACUUGUAAAUCCUUUGUUGGACUUACAGGGAAUGGCUUCUCUUCGAGAGUUGAAAUUGUUCGGCUUUGAAGAAUUGAAGUCACUACCAAAGGGGUUGCAGUGGCUCACUAUGCUUGAGAGGUUAGAAAUUGGUCAGUUUUCAGAGGGGCUGGAUUAUAUACAAGGGGAAGAGGAUCUCCAACACCUUGUCUCCCUUCGAUACCUAAGACUUGUUGGCUGGCCUGAGCACAAGAAUCUUCAAGACCAACUUAAGCACCUCACUAAUCUAAUAGAUAUGAGCACGAUCUAUCCAUGGGAUGGUUGAAAUGGAAUAUUAAUUUAUUGACUCACCUCACUUGGAGAGUUGGGAAAUUGAAGUUCCCUGCUUUUGUGGCUCGAGUGGAAGUUGCAGAAGCAAUCAAAUUCCUCUUUAUUCGUCAUUUUUUCUGCUUGUUAAUAAAUGGCAUGAAGGGAUAUGUUUGUAUCAUGGAUACAACUUUCCUGUUCAUGGACGGAGGAGGGUUUCUUGACAUCUUCCACUACAAUGGUAGCUCUACUGAUUGGACAGCUGUAGUGGUUUAAAGUCUGAACUUAGGAAACAUGCUCUUCUCUUAUUGGAAAUUUUAGUGUUCAUAGUGAGGAAAGAUGUGCUCUGAAGACAUUUGCUCCGCUGGAAACUUGUCAAGUUGAUGGAAUCAAAUAUGUGAUGGCAAGUGGUGAGGAUCUUAACGGACAUUCAUACCCUGUCUACUGCUCCUUCUGGGGCUAUCAGGUUCAGUAUUGAACUGGAGAUAUAGGCCCCACAUAAAGCUCCAAAUCGUAAAGGAUCAUGGUUGAUGGUUCCCAACAGUAGAUGACAUUUUUUUUGGGCUUGAUUGGAGAUUUCAGUGGAAAACUUCAUCAGUGGAUGUCUACACACAUUGAUCACGUCUAUAUUCAGUCGUAAGGAAGUCAGACAUCUUGCUUCUAAUAUGUAAUUAUAUUCUGUACUUACAUCUAUCUAUAGAGUAUGUCUACAUAGGAAUGCACCCUAAAUUAUGUCUACAUAUGAAAUGUAAGAGGGAAUGGAUGAGGGCCUGUUUUAUGCGGACAUUGGUUGGCAAGGAAAAUAAGUGUUUCUGAUUUUGAAUUGAUUUUAGCAAAACUGAUACAAAUAUUGAUUCAUCCA